AUGGCAGCUGGAUUCGUUCUUGACGGGGACAUCCUAUACAAAAGAGGAAAAGAUCAAGUGCUAUUGAGAUGUGUGGGUGAUGCUGAAACUAGAAAAAUACUUGAAGAUGUCCAUGAAGGAACUUGUGGAACGUUAGCACCACCAGCAUCCCCAUCACUGAGUUGUUCCACUGCCAUGUAUAAUAUGGUAGAUUGUGUUCAAUUCUUGUCUAAUAAUGGCAGCAAAGAUGGGAAGCCCGCUGCUUCAUGUUGUGCUGGUCUUGAAAAAGUGUUGAAAUCUAAUCCUGAUUGCAUUUGUGAAUAUAUAAAAAACAAUGCUCAAUUGGGUGCCAACAUUAACGUUACGAAGGCCGAGACUUUGCCUUCAGCCUGCCAGAUUUCCGCUCCUCCCAUCAGCCAAUGUGACGGUAAACGCUAA